AGCACCACCUCUUCGACAACGUUCAUGUCGUCGGCAGAACCGAGCAAAGUUUCUUUCACCAUUCGCCGUCCGACGCCUGUCUCUCGGGCUUCCUCUGGUGGAGACUCUGGCUCUGAAGCAAGCUUCAAGGUACCCGCACUGCCCCGACAUCUUGCCGGUGGCAGCGGAAGUGCGCCCGGCAGCCCCCUCGCAAGGAGCGCAACUUCCUCUCCGAAGCCUAACUCAAGGACACACACAGAACGCGAAAGCUCGGACGAAGACGAGGAGACUGAGGAUGAGCUCGUGACGGGCUUUGAUCAGUUUGGGGUGCAGCGCUUACAUGAAAAGAAGAAGGAACCGCAGGGCCCGUUAGUUAUUCCAGCCUUGAAGAACAAAGACUGGCGGGAGCUUGCACGAAAGAGGAAGCAGCUGUAUGUGCCUCCCAGCGCUGCGGCGCAAACCGGCGCAGAUGGCAGCGUUGGUGGUUUGGGGACUCGAGACAUGAUCAAUUCGGGUCCCCACCUGGUUGGCUUGCAGGUGCACAAGCGCAUGAAAGUGGAGGAAGACAUGACGAUUGAUUCGACAGAGGUCAAAAUGGAGGAAUCAACGACCGUGGAGACCGCAAUGGAGGUGGUCAAAAAGGACGAAGAAACCGACGACGAGAAAGCCCUCCGAGUUAUUCUCGCCAACGCUAACUCAGAUAACCCGAAUCUAGAAGGUCCGCACAUUGAGGUGAUUCCAGCAGCAGUCAGCGAGGAUGAUGCCUACAAGCAGGAUGUCGCCGAGCUUCCCGACCCUGCGACACUCGAAGAUUACGAGCGUGUGCCCGUAUCGCAGUUUGGCGCAGCCCUUCUGCGAGGAAUGGGGUGGAAGGAAGGAACGGCGGCGAGCCGGAAGCAGAAAGGCCCUAUCGAGCCAUACCUCCCUCAAGCCCGUCCCGCGCUCCUUGGCAUCGGUGCAAAGGAAAAGGAAGUCUUCGAUGACGGUAGCUUGCUCGUCAAGGGCAAGAAGGGCGGGAAGGGCAGACCGGAGCGCCGUUAUGUGCCGGUCAUCAAAAAGGAAAAGGAGCGGCGGCCAGGAGAUGGCGAGGAGGAUAGGCCAAGGGAGCGGAGCAGGGAACGCUCGAGUACGAAGGAUAUUUCAUCCAGGAGGCGGUCACCCUCACCCGAACGCGGGAGCUCGAGGCGACAUUCAAGGUCGCCGUCGCCGGAGCGAUGGCGGGAUCCCGAGCGCAGCCGGCGGGACGCAGACUACGAGAGGGACAAGAACAAAGUUCCUGAUACGGACAGAGAAAGAGACAGACGGAAGGGAGAUCGUCCUGAUUACGAGUCUUCGCGCAGAGAUAGAGACCGCAACCAUGAUAGCGAUAAAGAGAGGCGCGGGGACCGCUCGGUAGAUAGGUAUGCAUCCGAAGAUCGGCGCAGAGACAGGGACCGCAGAGAUCGCUACUGA